AUGAUAACAGCAACUAGAUCAUUAAAUGUUAGAUUACCUUAAUUAAGCAUUAAAAAUCUUGAAAAAUCUAAUAAACCUACAAUUAGAUCUAUUAAUAAUGUGUAUGAUUAUUCCAAUUCACCACCUAAAACUAGAACUGAUAAUAUUUCUAGAGGUUCCCUAUCAACUCCUAUACAAUAUUGUCGAUAUUCAUGUUAUAAUAUAUGUAGAGUAGAUUCUUCAUUUAAUGAUUAAGAAAUCUUUAGUGCUUAAUUAAAAAGUGUUUAAAGAAAUGAAAAUACAAAAAAUAUUAAUACCGAUUAAAUUGAUAAAUUAACAUCCAGAAUCAAAAAACUUACUAAAACUAAAAUUAAAAUGUAAGAAUCUAUAUCUACUAAAUAAUAUACUAAAAAUGAACCUUAUAUUCAAAAAUAAUCUGAAAAAUAAUUACCAAAUAGUCCCAAAUUAACUUUAAAAACAGAAGAAAAAUAAGAUGAAAUUGAAAAUUAAUAAAAAAAACUCAUUCAUGAAAAAAUGUAAGAAAUCUAUUCACAAGUACAAGCUAUACUCAAAUCUCAUAAAGGUUAUGUUAGGUAAUCAGAAAAAAAGAAUGUCUAUAUUAAAUUAGUACAAUUAAAAAAAGAAUUUAAACUUGUUAAUCAAGAUUAUAAUGAAUUUUAUAUUAAUCAUACUAAUGAUCAAUUCAAAUGUAAUAUAUAAUACGUCUAUGAUUAGUGGAUUUUUUAAUAGUCGAUCGAAUUGAGUAAUUAAAAUAAUUAUUUGAAAAUAAGAGACCAACUAAACGGAAUUGUGGUAGUCUUUUUGAUGGAAUAGAUAUAUCUAUUGUAAUCCAUACAGAUGCUGAUGAAAAAUUAAAUAAUAUUGAUUUUAAAGAAAUCUCUGAGAAAGACUUUGAAUAAUCUCAAGAUUAAGUUGAAUUAUUUACUGAUUAAAUGACAGAUUGUUCACCAGCUAAUAGUACUACUAGAAGAAGAACUACUAAUUUAAAUAAAAGAGUAUCCAAAUAAUAUGCUAUAUAACCUAUUUAAAUCUAAUAAGAAAUUAUAUAAUAAUCUUAAUAAAUUAGAAGAAAGAGUAGUAUUAAAUCAAUUAAUACUCCUCUUACACCCAAAACUCCUGAUUCUCCAUCUACUAUGACAUCUAGAAAUAAUAAAUUUACUGCUCAAUAAAUACUAUAACAAAAAUUAAAAUUACCAGCUACUCCACCAAAAAAGUAAGACUAAUAAUAAUUCUAAGAAGACAAAAAUAAUAUUUUAAAAAAAGAAAUUUAAAAAAGAUAAUCUAAACUCAUUUCUCGUAAAACUACAUUAGAUUUAUAAAAAGAACCAAAAUAAAAAUCUAGAUUAAAUUCUAGAAACAGUCUAAUAGAGGUAACUGAAAAUUCAGAUAAUGAAUAGAAAAUUAUACACAAUUUUCAAACUAAUUAAUCUUAAAUAAAUAUUGAAAAUAAACUAGAAACUGAUAUAAUUCUAGACUAAAUCUAAGAUUAAAUAGAAUAACAACCUCUAUAAAUUUAACCAUAAAUUUAAAUUGUCUCAAAAAAUGAAUAAUAACAAUAAUAAUAAUAAUAAUAACAUACUAUUCAUAAAGAAAUUAAAGAAUCUAAAAUUAUACAAGAUUUGUAUUCAUCAACAUUUAUAUAUGAUCAAGAUAUUUUAAAUAAGCAGAGAAAAAAUAAACACAAAAAUCAAUGGUACUAAGAUAUAUAAUCAAUUUUAUCUAAUUAUUAUUAAUUCUUUUGA